AUGGACCCUUAUCUGGGCAUCUUCUUCCUCACUCCCUUCUUCCAGUCCUGCUAUGCCUGGUCAGUGAAUAAUUUCCUGAUGACGGGCCCCAAGGCCUAUCUCAUCUACUCCAGCAGCGUGGCGGCCGGGGCGCAGAGCGGCAUCGAGGAGUGCAAGUUCCAGUUCGCCUGGGACCGCUGGAACUGCCCGGAGAGGGCACUGCAGCUCUCCAGCCACGGCGGGCUGCGCAGUGCAAACCGAGAAACAGCCUUUGUCCACGCCAUCAGCUCUGCGGGUGUCAUGUACACGCUGACCCGGAACUGCAGCCUGGGCGAUUUUGACAACUGUGGCUGUGACGACUCCCGCAAUGGACAGCUGGGGGGACAAGGCUGGCUGUGGGGAGGCUGCAGCGAUAAUGUGGGCUUUGGGGAAGCUAUUUCCAAGCAGUUUGUGGAUGCCCUGGAGACUGGACAAGAUGCCAGAGCUGCUAUGAACCUGCAUAACAACGAGGCAGGUAGAAAGGCAGUGAAAGGGACCAUGAAGCGGACUUGCAAAUGCCAUGGUGUGUCGGGGAGCUGCACCACCCAGACCUGCUGGCUGCAGUUGCCCGAGUUUCGGGAGGUGGGCACUUACCUCAAGGAGAGGUACCACAAAGCCCUGAAGGUGGACUUGCUGCAGGGAGCAGGGAACAGCGCUGCCAGCCGGGGUGCCAUCGCUGAGACCUUCAGUUCCAUCUCCAAGAAGGAACUGGUCCAUUUGGAAGACUCUCCUGACUACUGCCUGGAGAACAAGACGCUGGGGCUGCUGGGCACGGAGGGCAGGGAGUGCCUGAAGAGGGGCAAGGCACUCAGCAAGUGGGAGAAGCGGAGCUGCCGGCGGCUGUGCGGGGACUGCGGGCUGGCGGUGGAGGAGAGGCGAGCCGAGAUGGUGUCCAGCUGCAACUGCAAGUUCCACUGGUGCUGCGCCGUGCGCUGCGAGCAGUGCCGCAAACGGGUCACCAAGUACUUCUGUGUCCGCAAGGAGAAGCGCGAGCGGAGCGGGGGUGGUGGAGCCAGCCGCAAGCUCAAGAGAAAGCUCUAA